AUGGGCAUUGACGACUUACCGGAGGAACAACUUGCCUUUAUGGCGAAACUUCCUUUCGACGUUGUCACCGAGAUCUUUGCUUAUCUCGACCAAGAAGACUGUCUAGUGUGUAUGGCAGUAUGUCGCGGCUGGUACACUCAAAUACCAAGUUAUACAGAGAACAAGUGGAGAAGCAUACAACUUUCGGAACGCGAUCCCUAUGUCGUCAGUUCUCGACGCGCUCGUUGCCUAGGGAAGCAUGUGAAGGACGUCCAUUUCAACAAGUUUAAAGACGAAAAUGCGCUGUAUGUCGCGAUGUAUAGACUGCUUCAAUUAGGCUGUGAUGAAAUUGAGUCUCUAGUCUUUGUAAACUGCUCUACACGAGAACAGCGCAGAUUUCUUGGCCUUUCGCAACAACUCGGAUCUCAAUUGGCGCACUUGACGAUGAGAUCACAUGACUCUGCCGUCCCACUAUUGUACAUCCUCUGUACGUGUCCAAAACUAACAAGUUUUACAUACCGAGGCGAAUACAUUCCCUGGCAACUUGGUCAACGCGCACACGAACAGAUACCUGUCGAAUCAAUACCGAUCUUCGACAAACUCAAAUAUAUGUAUAUUGACGCUACAAUUGAUAUGCAUCCUGAACUUGUAUCCAUUCUUCAAAAAUGUCCCAAUUUACAAUAUUUCAUCGACGCAAGCUCGGCAACCAAACAUAAUGAGCCGCAACCUGUGGACCUGACCUAUCACCCUGGCCACACGAAUUCAAGCGACGUAAUACGACUCAAAAACAUAUUUUCUUGGUGCCCAAAUCUUGUUUAUAUUGCAAAGAAGAGCAACUACGGUUAUGUACCUUAUAAAGACAUCAUGAAAUCGAUUGUUGGCGAAGGUCCAAGUGCGGUAGCUAUUACUAAUAGCGCAUUGCACUCUCAGCGGAAGCAAAGUCGACUAUAUCAUCUAGCAGUAAGCCAAAGCGAAGGUUACGACGAGAUCGCACAGGUUUUGCGCAACAAACAGUAUACACUUGAGCAUCUGGAUUUAACAACAGCACAAGCCAACCGGGUUGACAUCGACUGGUCGCCCGUAUUUCGAUCCCUGCAAUUGCCUCUUUUACGUACACUCAUAUGCAACACUCACUUUGACACAGCAGCAAUUAUAUCUAUGCUCAACUCAUGUCCUUCACUCAAUCUAAUGAAAUUGGACUACUGUCACCGAAGAAUAGAAAAUGUUGAACUACAGCCUUUACGUAUACUACCAAGGCUACACACUUUCUAUCUACAGCGAUUCAUGUUUAUGGACGAACUUUCGGUGGCAACACUACUACAGCGGCUUCCUGGGCUAGAAAAGCUUGGCAUCCAGGACUCCUCUGCAACGUUGAGCGACCCAACGAUCUACAAAUGCUUAAAGCAUUUAAAGCAUUUGGACCUUUUUGCUAUCGAUUGGGGCCGUCGAUUUGGCCAACAAGGACAACGAUCACAAGGGACAGGGAUGGUGGUAUCACCAGCCAUGUUUAAGUACAUGGCUCAAUAUUCCAAUCUCGAGACUGUACGACUUUGGCGGGUACCAAAAAUUACAUACGAGUUACUUUCAGCGAUAGCUCAUAUCGCCACGCUUAGAUGCCUUGAAGUAAAACUCGCUUGUGCACCCGAUGGAGAUGAAGCUGAACUGCUCUGGUUUGCCCACAAGCUCCGAGAAAAAUCCAUGAUCGAGAAGCUAAAGCUAGAGCCUUUACGCUACCUGAACUACGCUGUUCUCUCCGUGUUAGGUGAUCUCCCCCGGCUUAAUACGCUAAGCGUUUGGUUUGGUAACGGUUAUACGAGACCGCCUAUGGAACUUGACACAUCCGGCGUUAUCCAAUUGUUGCGUAAGAGCAAGAGCCUCAAAAAAGUUGUUUUUGACGAUGCAUUCACAAGAGAGAAUUUACCAGGGGCCAUCAUCCAAAGGCGGUUGCAAGAACAUGGCGUUUCCUUUUAUAAUAUCACCACCAAAUACUCCAGACAUGUUGAUGAUUUGCAUGUUGGAAAUAUAAUAGUGACACGAGUAUAA